AUGGCGUUCUAUGGAGAAGAUAAGAUGAGUCCAUUCAACACCAUAGCAAACGAUGAUGAAGAAUCAACUCAGAGUUGGUACAAAUCAGGAGAUGACUACGAAGUGGAGUCAUGGUAUGAUGAUGACUACUCAGAUUCGGAUUUUGAAGAUGAAUCAUAUGGAGGAGAACCUGAACCAUAG